CGGGACGGAGAGUGCUGCCAGCUCGGAAGGGAGCGGAGCGAUCGGAGUCGCCGGAUCGGGACGCCCGCUCUCGGGUUCGCACGGGAUCCUCGCGCGCUGAGGCGGUCUGUCCGCCUUCGGCCACCGUCGCGCCGGCGCGUUGCGCUGCAUUUUGUCCGCCGGCCGCCGCCGUCCCGGCGUUAGCCGCUGAGUUCCAGGAACCGGAGCGCGUGUGUCUGGGGGCGCGGGCGCCCGCCCGCACCAUGGAGUCGCCCUUCAGCCCGGGGCUCGCCCUGCGGCCGGAUGAGGACUGGGACUCUGUGCUGUUUGCCGAGCUCGGCCGCCUCUCGGACGUGGACGUGGACGUGGACCCGGACGUGGACGCGGAUGCAGCCGACGGGAUCUACGGCAGCAAUUUUGAGAGCCUUGAUUUUGACCUGGACCUGAUGCCGUGGGAGGCAGGCGUGUGGGACGUCGGCAACGACCUGUGCACGGUCUCACCUGUCAAGACGGAGCCGCAGCCCCUCUCGCCGGCCUCCUGCAGCUGCUCACUGUCCUCCCCGCAGUCCGGGGAUUCGGCCUCGCCCCUCCCGCACGUGCCUGAGGAGCUGGAUUUGUCUUCCACGUCCCAGAUGUCUCCCCUGUCCCUCUACGGAGAGAGCUCCAGCAGACCCUGCUCGGCCGAGCCCCUGAAGGAGGACAAGCCCGUCCCCAGUCCCAGGAGCAGAGCCGAAAGCGGACCGGCUCCGAGGAAGAAGCUGCAGACAAACUCCAAACCCUCGAUCCAGCCCAAGCCUCUGCUGCUCCCAGCAGCACCCAGGCCUCCGACCAGCCCCAGCGUCCCCGCGAAGGCCAUCCUCAUCCAGGCCCUGCCCACCCUGAUUCCGGUGGCAAAGCAGCAGCCAGCGAUCAGCAUCCACCCCGCGCCCACCAAAGGCCAGACCGUGGUGCUGUCUCCGCCCGCCGUGGUCCAGCUGCGGGUGCCCGGGGUCCUGCCCGCGCCCCAGCCCGUCCUGGCCGUCGCUGCGGGGGCCACGCAGCUCCCCAACCACAUGGUCAGUGUGGUGCCAGCCCCUGUGGCUGGCAGCCCAGCGAACGGAAAGCUUUCUGUGACCAAACCCGUCCUGCAGAGCGCCGGGAGAAGCGUGGGCUCCGACGUCGCCGUGCUCCGGAGGCAGCAGCGCAUGAUCAAGAACCGGGAGUCGGCCUGCCAGUCCCGCAAGAAGAAGAAGGAGUACCUGCUGGGGCUGGAGGCCCGGCUGCGGGCCGCCCUGUCUGAGAACGAGAAGCUGAGGAAGGAGAACGGGUCGCUGAAGCGGCAGCUGGACCAGGCAGUCCUGGAGAACCAGAGGCUGAAAGUGCCCAGUCCGAAGCGCAGAGCCGUCUGCGUGAUGGUGCUGCUGGCCCUCGUGCUCCUGAACUGCGGGCCCUUCAGCACGCCGGAGCAGGAUUCCCGGAGAGCGAGCCCCAGCACGAGCCCUGUGAACCAAAGGAGGCAUCUUCUCGGGUUUUCUGCCAAGGAGGCGCAGGACACACCCGACGGCGUCAUCCGGAAGGACAGCUUCAGGUACCCCCACGCCGUCUCCGAUGACAAGGCCCUGAUGGUGCUGAGCGAGGAGCCCGUGCUGUACCUGCCGCCCCCUCCGUGCCGGCCCCUGAUCAACACCACGGAGUCCCUCAGGCUGAACCACGAACUGCGGUGGUGGGUGCACAGACACGAGGUGCAGAGGACCAAGUCGAGGAGGAUGACGACCCAGCAGCCCAAAGCCCACGUUCUCCAGGGUGCGCUGCCGCAGGGCCCGCCUUCGCAGCUCCUGGCCGUCCAGUACACGGAGACCCCCAGCGCCAGGAGGGCGGGGAACGAGCUCCAGGUGUACCGCGCCUCCCCCCGGAGCCACCAGGACUUCUUCGACGCCAUCCGCAGGAGGGGGGACACCUUCUACGUGGUGUCGUUCCGCAGGGACCACCUGCUGCUGCCCGCGACCACCCACAACAAGACCGCGAGGCCGAAGAUGUCGAUCGUGCUGCCCGCCAUCAACGUCAGCGAGAACGUGAUCGACGGGCAGGACCACGAGGUCAUGAUGCAGAUCGACUGCCAGGUGAUGGACACCAGGAUCCUGCACAUCAAGAGCGCCUCCGUCCCGCCCUCCCUGCGGGAGCAGCCGCCGCGGAACCAGACCAGCACCGUCUUUGGGGCCCCCCCCACGGCCGCGGAGGCAGCCCGCGUGGUCGGCGCCAUCCCCGAGUCGCUGCAGUAGCCCCGGGCGCCGAGCGGGACCCCGCAGACUGGGGACAGGGGCCGCGUGCCUCCUCCCACCGCCGUCCUGGUGGCGUCUGACCCGGGACCCGCCCCCAGGGUCAAGUUCGGGGACAGAGAAGAGGAGCUGCUGCAUCUCCACGUCUGCCCCCUCCCCCGCCCCCGGCAGGGCCCCGGAUGCGGACAGACACGGGGCGUGUGGCCCCCCCCCCUCCGGCGAGGCCCCCAGCGGACUCCUGGGUCUCCUGAGUGGCUCCCCCGUGUGUGUUUCCUGUUCGGCCACCACCUCCUGGGGGUCGGCCCCGCUCCCCGCCCUGCUCCUCACUCGCCAGCACGGGCCGCCUGUCGCCGGCCACAGCAGCACACGUGUUGUGGGUCCACGCAGACCCACUGCGCACACCAUGUGCCCCGGAAAUGGGGUUUCGGAACUGGACAGCCCAGUGCACCCCCAGAGCCAGCACAGUGCAGGGGUGCGUUAGGAGGGGGAAACCUCCGUAGGGGGGCUGCCCCACACCCGGGU